AUGAGCACGGCGUACGCAGCUGAAGUCUUACCAGUCAACUUGCGACCCUACUUGACCUCAAAUAUUAACAUGUGCUGGCUCCUCGGGCAACUCUGUGGAAUUGGUGUUGUUUACGCUUUCCUUGAUGCCCAGUCUGAAUGGGCGUACCGUAUCCCCUUCGGACUUCAGUGGGCCUUCGUGAUUCCAAUAUUAGUUGUUGUAUAA